AUGUGUGACCGUGUGGGGCGGCAGGCUGCGCGAGGGCGCAGCCAGCCCCGACCUCUUACCCACCCGAUCCGGGGGAACUGGGCGAUUAAAGGAAAAUGGAUAAAAACCUGCGCGCGUUCCCGGCCCCGUUCGUCGCUCAGACCGUCUGGCCCUGGGGGCCGCCGCCUCCGGAUCUCCAACAAGCCGAGCGAGUGGAUGCCCCGCUGGGCCGGCGCCCUGAGCAUCCUGCUCUUGCUCCCGCUGCUGGGAGCCCUGCCGGUCCUUGCCGCGGGCCCCAGGGCGGGCACCCAGGGCGCUCCGCCCCCGCCGGGCAAGGAGCUUCGCAACGACUCGGAACAGACGUUGCAGCCGCCGCUGCCGCCGUCGUCGGUUCCUCCUCCUCCCCCUCCGCCACCGCCUCCGCCUCCGCCGGGCGCCCAGAGCCGGGGCCGGGGCCGGAGCCGGGGCCGGGGCCGGGGGCCGGGCCCCGCGGGGGAGGAGGUGCUGGAGUCGAGCCAGGAGGCGCUGCACGUGACGGAGCGGCGCUAUCUGAAGCGGGACUGGUGCAAGACGCAGCCGCUCAAGCAGACGAUCCGCGAGGAGGGCUGCGCCACCCGCACCGUCCUCAACUACUUCUGCUACGGCCAGUGCAACUCCUUCUACAUCCCGCGGCGCGCCCGCAGGGACGGCGGCGCCUUCCGCUCCUGCUCCUUCUGCAAGCCCAGGGCCUUCAGCACCGUGACCGUCACGCUCAGCUGCCCGGACCUGCAGCCCCCCACCAGGAAGAAACGGUUCACGCGAGUUAAGCAGUGCCGCUGCAUUUCCAUCGACCUAGACUGAAGCCCGCGCCGCCCCCGACCCUCGACCCACCCCUCCGGGUCCCUGGUUCCUUUGCCCGCCGGUCCUCACCCCCGCCGCUCGUCCUCACCGCCCCGGUGAGGACGCUCGCGGGCGUGAUUGCACGUGGGUGUGUGCGCCGUUUGCCUGGGGACCCGCGUGCGGGCGGGCGCGGGCACAGGGGAGAGGAUCCCUGCAGGCCCUCGGCUGAUAUCCGAGGGCCCCUCCGACCCUGGGAGCGCCUCGUCUUCCCUCCGAGGGCGCGGCCCGCCCCGUUCUCCGCCUCCCGGGGGUCUGAACGGGAAAGUUGAUGGGGAGCAGCCCUUUCGCUCUGGAGGGGAGCGACCAGCCGGGCCACCCAGCGCCCCCGAGCCCUCCUUCCCUCCCUUUCCACCAGCCCUCGCCCGUUCCCUCCUGCACGCCGACCCCCGGCACCUCCUCCCCCAUUUCGGGCCCGGCCUCGCGAAGUCAAGAAAACCUUAGUCCGGUGGUCCAGCGAGCCCCCCGGCCGGAUCCCCUCACGGACCCAAAAGGGCUCCUCCGCCACUGUUGCAAACCGGGGGCCUUGAGGAUUGGUCUUGAGAAAGUAUACUCCCCUUAAUAUUAAUAAUAAUACUAAUAAUAGCAAUAGUCUCUCCCUUCACCCCCUCCCCCCCGACCCUACAACGCUUGCCAUCAGAGUUCUUCACAAAGCCGCCGAGGGGCUGACCAAAAUAUCCGACAAAACAAAAUCCCAUUAAAAUAUCUUGAAAUCCA